AGGGCUGGCUCUUCCCUGCUCACCCCUCUAUUCUGAGGCUCAGCCCUCCUCCGCGCCCACCAUCCCUGGGCUUCAGGACCGUUGGGGACCCCCUGCAGUCCCCAGAGCUGAAGCCAGCAGGGACAGAGACUAUGAGGCAAGCAGCCCACCGACCCAGGCCUCCUUAGAUCUACCAGGCCAGCCAGCGAGAGUGAACAGCCGCGGAGAGAGGAGCCGGAGAUAAAGGAGCUCAGCAGACCGUUGGGAAGCACCCUCACCGGCUCACGCAACCUUUGCCAGGCUGAUGGAUGGCCAGACCCACCGGCUCUGAAGGACUCACAACCGAUGCGCUCAGCUGCACAAGACUCAGACAGAUACACCCAGUGACAGCAUCCCACACUGCACAGCCCUGCCAUCCAGACACCCCCACACGCAGAAGCCACCGGGAACUCUGAGGCAGACACAGCUGGUGACACACAGCUCCACUGCCCCCGGCACACACGCCUGGGGGCACCGUCCUCCAGAGACAAGGCAAACAGACCUCACAGACAGACCUGGACACACACACACACACACACACACACACACACACACACACACACACGCUCCCCACCACGUCAUUCUCGUGGCCUCUGAACAGCCCCCCUCCAUCCACGGGGACACCCUCGCUCUUCCACGCACAUACAACCCGGAGCCCACAGCUCACGGACCUCCAGCUCCAGGGCUGCAUCCCCGACUCCUGCAGCCUUCUUUGUGGGUGAGGAAGAAAGGAAGAAUUCAGCCCAGCCCAGAUGGAACCCCGGAGAAGCCCGGAGCUCAGAGAGGCAACGGUCUAGCUUGGCAUGAUCCUCAUCAGCCCCUCCACUUGGCUGGGUGAUGUCCUCCGGUCCGGGAGCGGGGGGCUCUCAGCUGUACUAUGGAGCAACUGACGAUUCUGCCACGGCCUGGGGACCCUGGAGCCAUGGAGCCUUGGGCACUGCCUGCCUGGCAGAGCUGGACGCCAAGCCCGGGGGGCGAGCCGGGAGGCCUGGCCCCAUGCCUUGCCGACACCCCGGCCGUUCUGCAGGUCGGAGCACUGAAGCCCGAGGAGAACUCUGAUCCCGAGGGAGCCCGCAGCUCUGGGUCUGGGGGGGACAUUGACCCUGAAGGAGUCGAAAUGGGGCUGCCCGGGUUCCUGCUGCCGGGGCACGGGCAGGUGGAGGCGUCUCCAAAGGCCAAGCUGAGCGUGGGCUUGGGGGACAGGCCCCCUCUGGAGCUGCUGAGGGCUCUGGCUGAGCUGCAGCAGCGCUGUGCCAUCCUGAAGGAGGAAAACCAGAUGCUGAGGAAGACCAGCUUCCCUGAGACGGAGGAGAAGGUGCGGAGGCUGAAGCGGAAGAACGCGGAGCUGGCGGUCAUCGCCAAGCGCCUGGAGGAGAGGGCCCGCAAGCUGCAGGAGACCAACCUGAGGGUGGUGAGCGCCCCGGUAACCCGCGGGGGGCCCAGCGCCGAGUGGUGUCGGAAGGUGCUGGCCCGCCAGCGAGCCCGGGAUCUCAGUGAGACGGCCAGUGCCCUGCUGGACAAGGACAAGCAGAUCGCCGCCCUGCAGCGGGAGUGCAGGGAGCUCCAGGCCAGGCUCACGCUGCUCGGCAAGGAGGGCCCCCAGUGGCUGCACGUGCGGGACUUCGACCGGCUGCUGCGCGAGUCCCAGCGGGAGGUGCUGCGGCUGCAGCGGCAGAUCGCCCUGCGCAACCUGCAGGAGCCGUCCCGGGCCCGGGGUCCCGCGGCCCCGGCUCGCGCAGGGGCGCCCGCUCCCGGGGCCCCGGGAGAGGCCACGCUGCAGGAGGAUGUGGGGAGCCCGUCUGUGGUCCUAGGGGAGCCAGAGAAAGAGCAGAGGCUGCAGCAGCUGGAGUCAGAGCUCUGCAAGAAGAGGAAGAAAUGCGAGAACCUGGAACAGGAGGCCCGGAAGAAGCAGAAGAGAUGUGAGGAGCUGGAGCUGCAGCUGCGAGAAGCCCAGGAUGAGAAUGCCCGCCUGGCCGAGGAGAACUCUCGGCUCACUGGGAGAGCCGCGGAGAAGGAGCAGGUGCACUGGGAGAACGAGGAGCUGAGGGGCCAGCUCCUGGGAGUGACCCAGGAGAGAGACUUGGCCCUUCGCAAGAGCCAGGGUCUGCAGAGCAAGCUGGAGAGCCUGGAGCAGGUGCUGAAGCACAUGCGGGAGGUAGCCCAGCGGCGGCAGCAGCUGGAGCUGGAGCAUGAGCAGGCGCGUCUCAGCCUGCAGGAGAAGCAGGAGGAGGUCCGGAGGCUGCAGCAGGCCCAGGCUGAAGCCAGGAGGGAGCACGAAGGGGCCAUGCAGCUGCUGGAGUCUACCCUGGAUUCCAUGCAGGUCCGGGUCCGAGAGCUGGAGGAACAGUGUCGCAGCCAAACCGAGCGCUUCAGCCUCCUGGCGCAGGAGCUCCAGGCCUUCCGCCUGCACCCUGGCCCUCUGGAUCUGCUCACCUCUGCCCUGGGCUGUCCAACCCUCGGGGACCACCCCCCACCUCCCUGCUGCUGCUCCACACCCCAGCCCUGCCGGGGGGUCGGCCCCAAAGAUGACCUCCCGCCGGGCUCCCCUGGGCGAUGUAUCUCCAAGUCUUCCGAGCCUGCCUCUGUCCACACCGCAGGAGGCUCUCGAAGAACAGCCAAGAAGACAGAGUCUCUCUCCAACUCCUCCCGCUCUGAGUCCAUCCACAACAGCCCCAAGUCUUGUCCUACACCCGAGGUGGACACAGCCAGUGAGGUGGAGGAGCUGGAGGCGGACAACGUGUCCCUGGUCCAGGCAGUGCCGGAGGGCAGCCGGGGAGGAGCCAGGAUCCAGGUCUUCCUGGCACGUUACAGCUACAACCCCUUCGAGGGCCCCAACGAGAAUCCAGAGGCUGAACUUCCGCUCACUGCUGGCGAGUACAUCUACAUCUACGGCAACAUGGACGAGGAUGGGUUUUUUGAAGGGGAGCUCAUGGAUGGCCGCAGGGGCCUGGUCCCUUCCAAUUUUGUGGAGCGUGUGUCCGACGAUGACCUCCUGACUUCCCUUCCACUGGAGCUGGCUGAUUUGUCCCACAGCUCGGGUCCGGAACUCAGUUUCCUGAGCGGAGUCGGGGGUGGCAGCAGCAGCGGGGGUCAGAGCAGCGCGAGCCGCAGCCAGCCCAGACCAGAGGAUGAGGCUGCGGGGGAUGUGCUCAGCCUGAGCCCCCCGCCCGACGGCCCGGGCGAGCCCCCAGCUGUGCCUUACCCCUGCCACCUGGCGGUCGUCAAGCAGCUGGCCCACAGCGUGGUGCUGGCCUGGGAGCCACCUUCCGAGCGUGUGGAACUGCAGGGCUACCAUAUCUGUGUGAACGGGGCGCUGCGUCAGGCCCUGGGGCCGGGCGCUCCCCCCAAGGCUCUUCUGGAGAAUUUGGACCUGCAGGCCGGGCCCCUUCACGUUUCUGUGCAGGCCCUCACCAGUCGGGGCAGCUCCGAUCCUCUGCGCUGCUGCCUGGCUCUGGGUGCCAGGGCAGAGGUGGUACCCAGCCAGCUGCGGGUCCAUCGGCUGACCGCCACAUCUGCCGAGAUCACCUGGGUGCCCAGCAACAGCAACUUGACCCAUGCCAUCUACCUCAAUGGGGAAGAAUGCCCCCCGGCCCGCCCCAGCACCUACUGGGCCACCUUUUGCCAUCUGAGGCCAGGCACACUCUACCAGGCUCGAGUAGAAGCUCAGCUCCCGCCUCGAGGGUGCCGGGAAGCAGGCUGGGAGAGGCCAGAGCAGCGGGCCGCCACCCUGCAGUUCACCACGCUUCCAGCAGGACCCCCAGAUGCCCCCCUGGAUGUACAGAUCGAGCCGGGGCCCUCCCCAGGAAUCUUGACCAUCAGCUGGCUGCCAGUCACCAUCGAUGCAGUUGGCACUUCCAAUGGGGUCCGGGUCACAGGCUACGCUAUCUACGCAGACGGACAGAAGCUCAUGGAGGUGGCGUCACCCACGGCAGGCAGCGUGCUGGUGGAAGUGUCACAGCUGCAGCUGCUGCAGGUGUGCCGCCAGGUGGCCGUGCGCACCAUGUCACCUCACGGCGAGUCGGCGGACUCAGUCCUGGCUCCCGUGGGCCCGGCCCUGGCUGCAGCCUGCCUGCCGGCCAAGCUCGCCUGCACCUCCCCACGGCCCAGCCCGGAGGCCCGAACAACCUUUGUUCCAGCCACCCCGGGGCCUGGAGACCCCAGUUCUCCUCUCCGGCACCUUGAAGCCCCUGGAACUCGAGAGCCCCCAGGGGGGCCCCCUGCCAACCUGCCCAGGGAGACACGAGAAGAACCACCCGAGGAGUACCCAGCACCUUCCUCCCAGGGGGCAGUCAGGCCUGCUCUGCUGGGGACCUCAGAGGACAGGAGGGUCCGUGAGCCGACCCCAGCCGAGAGACUGCCCGGGCCCACGGGUGCCUCCCUGGCUGAGGAGGCCGAGUGGCUGGAGGGGGAGGCACGCCCAGCCCCCGGCUCCACCCAGCGCGAGUCCUGUGCCGAGCCCUGCCACGGCGGAGAAUCAGGGUCUGAUUCCCUGAAGCCCGGGGCUGAGAGGGAGGACGCGGCAGAGCUGGGGGGCCUUCAGGUAACACCCCUCGCGGAGCAUGGCCGCAGCCCAGAGCUCUCAGACAUCCAGGAGGAGGACGAGGAGGAGGAGUCAGGCCCGAGGGCUGGCUCUUUCCAGACGCAGGCCGCAGGCAGCAGCAUCAGGGAGGAGAGCACCAAGCCCCAGCCCGACCCCUUCUGUGAGACUGACAGCGACGAGGAGAUCUUGGAGCAGAUCCUGGAGCUGCCCCUCCAACAAUUCUGCAGCAAGAAGCUCUUUAGCAUCCCGGAGGAGGAGGAGGAGGAGGAGGACCUGGAGGACCAGGAGAAGCCAGGGAGAGGCUCUUCCCGAGACCCUGGCCUGCCUGAGCCUGUGGCAGCGGCGGAAGGGUCCGGUGGUCCCGCCCGCGGACCUGGUCCAGGUUCCUUGUCUCCUGAGCCCUGCGGGGCUGGGGAUUGCCUGCAGGAUGUGCCCGGAACAGCUGGGGGAAGCAGCCGCCGAAGGAGAAGCAGCUCCCCUGAGAAACCUCUAAACCGCCGGCGGGCUCCAGACCCCCGUGAACACUGCAGCCGACUUCUCAGCAAUGGGGGUCCCCAGGCCCCAGGCCGGUUGGGCUCCGUGCAGGAGAGGGGCAGCCCCGCUCUGGGCGAGGGCACCAAGGGCAGCCCCGAGGCUGGUGGGAGAGGGCGGCCUGCCCUUGCCCGGACAUGCUCCCGUGGCCGGGCCCCAGAAUCUUCCCUGGCCAGCUGCCUCUCCCCCAAGUGCUUGGAAAUCAGCAUUGAGUAUGAUUCUGAGGAUGAGCAGGAGGCAGGUGGCAGGGCUGUUGGCAUCAGCUCCGGCUCUGUCGGAGACGAGGAGGCUUGGGCCUCAGCUCCUUUGGGACGGUCCAGGGGCGCUCUGAAGGCCAGCUCAGGCCCCAGCCCCAGUCCACGCCUCCCAGCCGGGGAGAAAGGGGAGCCAGAGCGGAGAGGCCGCAGUGCGACUGGCCGAGCCAAGGAGCCUCCCUCCUGGGCAGCAGAGACUGGGGAGCCCAGAGGGCAGGAUGGCUCUGGGCGGAGGGGCCCUCCUCGGAGAGGGGUGACGGUCCCCUGAUCUCCCCUGACCCUCUCCACAGCUCCUCCCAGGAGCCCCCCAGAAGCAGCAGUGGCUCACCGGAACCUGCCUGUCCGCCUCUUCGUGGCUCUGUUUGACUAUGACCCCAUGUCAAUGUCUCCCAACCCUGAUGCGGGGGAAGAGGAGCUCCCCUUCCGGGAAGGCCAGAUCCUGAAGGUGUUUGGGGACAAGGAUGCUGAUGGCUUCUACCGGGGUGAAGGUGGGGGCCGGAUGGGCUAUAUCCCCUGCAACAUGGUGGCCGAGGUGGCAGUGGACAGUCCCACGGGAAGACAGCAUCUACUUCAGCAGGCUUUUCUGUCCCCAGAAGUUCUUGCUGAGGUCUCAGAAUCAGGGAGCCGUCCUUUUGUGUACUCCACUGCCCACACCUCUGGGCCUCCUCCCAAGCCCCGCCGUUCCAAGAAAGCUGAGAUCCCACCCCCUGCCCAGCAGCCCUCUACAGGGCCCCCUCAGCCCACCUCUGCCAGCCUGAAGGCACCACACUCCAUGGUGGCUGUUGACUACAAUCCCCGGGAGAGUUCCCCCAACAUGGACGUGGAGGCAGAGCUGCCUUUCCGGGCAGGGGACAUUAUCACUGUGUUUGGGGCCAUGGACGAUGACGGUUUCUAUUAUGGGGAGCUGAAUGGACAGAGGGGUCUGGUUCCAUCCAACUUCCUGGAGGCACCUGGGCCCGAGGUAGGCGGUUUGGACAGGGACAGGGAGCUCCGCCCACCACAGAGCGAAGCUCAGAGAACGAGGAGGAGAAGAGUCCAGUGCUAGCUGGAGAUAGAUGUAGUAGAGAGAGCAACAUGACUGGAGCAGCACAAAGAGAGGGCACCCCAUGCCCCGAGGCUGUCCCUGUGCCCCUGACCCUGGCAGCACCCCCAGGACUGAGCUAGGGCGGGCACAGGGUACAAGAGAGAAGGUGAGAGGUCUCUUCUCCAAGGGGAAGCAGCUCCUCCUGAAGCUGGGCUCUGGGACAAAGGAGUGACUCCACGGGGACCCCAGACCUCUGUCCAGGCUGGGCGGGCAGCUCAUCUUCCGAGUUAACACUGUGGCAUUUGGAUGGGAACUGGAGACUCGUGAGGGUCAGAUCAGAUAGAUUCUUCAGGCAAAGUCCUCCCAAGGGGCACCUUACUCUUACGGGGAAGUGAACUGAGUCCCGGAGUGACAAAGUCACCUGGCCAAGGACUGUACCCAGGAUUUGACCUCCGCGCCUGGUUUCCCACCAUACAAUGCUGGUGCCCCUGAGACAUCCCCCAGUCCCGAGUUAGGGCGGGGGAGCCUGGGGAAGAAACUGGGGGAGAAAGGAACCUGAUUACCCCCUCUGAUUCUGACGGCACUGGCUACCCAGAAGGCAAGUUUGCACUGUAGUCUCCGAGGCCCCGCCCCUAGGGGGUCGGAGCUGGACUCUCCCGAGGCUCCGCCCCUCACACAGAGGGCGGGGUGUGGAGUCUCCUAGGCCCUGCCCCUCAGGGAGGAGCCAGCGUCUCCCAAGGCUCUGUCCCUGGUGCAGGGGCGGGGCUGGAGUCUGCGAGGCCCCGCCCCUCCGCCGAGGGCGGAGCUGGAGCCUCCAAGGCCCCGCCUCUCACGCAGCGGGGCAGAGCCAUGUAUAUAUGUACAUACUCAGUGCCUCAGCCAGCUUCCUCCAUCUCGCUUCCAUCGCAGGCCCGAGAAGGAGAAGGCCAUGCCAAAGCGGGCUGAUCCCCGCCCGCAUAGUGCUCCCGCCUGCCCUGCCGCCCGGCCUCCUGGCCCCGAUGUGUCCUCACCCCCAGAGACCCGGGGCCAGCGGGCAGAAAGCAGGAGUUGGGUUUGCCUUAUUUUGCUCAUCGGAUUCAAUUGCUCUUUUGCAUCCAUUUCCUCUGGCCCCCGUGGGAGUGUGGGGGCCGGGGAAAGGGCAGAUGAUGCAUCUAUUUUCAUACAUCCCCUGUUCCCCAUGGGCUAAGGCUCUCCACCCGUGACCUUCAUCUCCCCUCCACAACUUCCUGUGCGACGAAUGUCUGCAUGUUUCCUUCCAAUGGUGGGAGAUGGUUUGUCUGGAACUCCAACCCCCACCUUGGUCUCCAGGGUGGGGCAUUUGUUUAAAAAGACAUUUUAUUAUAAUAAAGUCUAUUUUCACAAAA